AUGGAGAACAUUCAUCUGUUUGUUCCCAACGUUAUCGGUCACUUGUAUAUGAACAACUAUGCAUUUCUGUUCUUCGUCCUACUCUCUUUGGAUCUUGCCUCCCAUUACUGCCACGUCUACAGUCAGCUGUUGGCAGGAACGUCAAGUCACAAAGAGGUUCUCUUCUUCCUGUGCCUCCUCAACGAGACUUUCUUUGUCAUGUGCUACCUCAUUCAUUAUGAGCAGCAGAUCAAGGCAACCUUGGGAUGGCUUUUUUCAGGAUGCAAUAGGAUAAUUGAAUAUGACAUGAAGGAGCGAAGAAAGCAGAAGUGA